AAAAGUAAUAACCCUUGUUUGGCUCCGCUUUCCCCUGAAAAACUUCAGCUUUACAAUUCCCGGCGAGGUUUUCCGCCGCCGGUGAUAUAUUACUUGUUGUAGCUGAAACGGAGAAGUAACUUCGUAAUUCUUCAAUCAAUAGUCUACUUCUGAUAAAAAUGUCGGAAAACACCGAAGUCGAAGCGAAGAGAGUGUUCAUAGGAGCAGGAUGCAACAGAGUCGUCAACAACGUCUCUUGGGGAGCUUCUGGUCUUGCCUCCUUCGGUGCCCAAAACGCCGUUGCUAUUUUCUGCCCUAAGACUGCCCAGAUUCUUACUACGCUUCCAGGUCACAAAGCCUCUGUGAAUUGCACUCAUUGGUUACCCAGCAGUAAGUUUGCUUUCAAAGCCAAGCAUUUGGACCGACAUUAUCUGCUCUCGGGUGAUACAGAUGGUAUCAUCAUCCUUUGGGAACUUUCGACUGUCAAUAACAAUUGGAGACAUGUACUACAACUACCACAGUCUCACAAGAAAGGUGUAACUUGCAUCACCGCCUAUAUGGUUUCAGAAACCGAUGCAAUGUUUGCUUCUGCUUCUUCAGAUGGAGUUGUGAAUCUCUGGGAUGUUUCUUUCCCGUCUCAGUCUAGCGACGAGUGUAAGGUUUCGUGUCUGGACACUCUUUCUGUUGAUUCUAAAGCGAUAGUGACGCUUUCGUUAGCUGAAUUGCCUCAAAAUCCGGGAAGAUUCACCCUCGCGAUGGGGGGAUUGGACAACAAGAUCAAACUUUACUGUGGAGAAAGAAAGGGGAAGUUUACUUCUGUUUGUGAGCUCAAAGGCCACACUGAUUGGAUCCGGAGUUUGGACUUCUCAUUACCGUUACAUUCAACAGAAGAAACCACCAAUAGUAUUAUGCUUGUGAGUUCUUCACAGGACAAAGUCAUUCGAAUCUGGAAACUUGUCUUAGUCGGUGAUGCUGGCUCAUGGAAAAGAGAAAUCACUCUAGCUUCUUACAUUGAAGGACCGGUUUUCGUCUCAGGGGCGUUCACAUAUCAGAUUUCUGUGGAAUCUGUUCUGAUUGGACAUGAAGAUUGGGUCUAUUCAGUGGAAUGGCAACCUCCGGUCAACAACGACCAACCGCUGAGCAUUUUAUCGGCUUCAAUGGACAAAACGAUGAUGAUAUGGCGCCCUGAGAAGAAAACGGGUGUGUGGGUGAACGUUGUGUGUGUAGGAGAGCUUAGUCACUGUGCUCUUGGUUUCUACGGUGGCCAUUGGAGCCCCGAUGGUGCGUCGAUUCUUGCUCAUGGAUACGGCGGAUCUUUUCAUCUCUGGAGAAAUGUCAGCAGUAGCAAAGAGUCUGAGAACUGGCUGAUGCAGAAAGUCCCUUCUGGCCAUUUUUCUGCUGUGACUGAUAUCACUUGGGCUAGAACCGGCGAGUACUUGCUUUCCGUGAGCCAUGAUCAGACGACCCGCGUGUUCUCAUCGUGGAAGAGUGAUGAGGGAAGUGAAGCAGAGGAUGAGCAUUGGCAUGAACUGGCUCGUCCUCAGGUUCAUGGUCAUGACAUUAAUUGUGUGGCUAUGGUUCAAGGUAAAGGCAACCACCGUUUUGUAAGUGGAGCAGAGGAGAAAGUUGUGAGAGUUUUUGAGGCUCCUCUAUCUUUCUUGAAGACACUGAACCACACUUGUGCCGGAGGAGAAGGAAGUUUCCCUGAGGAUUUACAAGCAGAUGUGCAGGUCCUUGGUGCGAAUAUGUCUGCUCUUGGUUUAUCACAGAAGCCUAUCUACUUACAUUCUUCUAGUGAGCCACUAGAGAGAAAUGGCGGAGGAGAAGGUUUGGAGACAUUUGAAACGGUUCCAGAGGCUGCUCCGGCGGAGUUGAAGGAGCCUCCAAUCGAAGACCAGCUUGCGUUUCAUACUUUGUGGCCGGAAUCUCAUAAACUCUAUGGUCAUGGUAAUGAACUAUUUUCUUUGUGCAGUGACCACAACGGAAUCCUUGUUGCUUCAUCGUGUAAGGCUCAAUCUGCAGCCAUGGCGGAAAUAUGGCUCUGGGAGGUUGGGACAUGGAAAGCUGUUGGUCGUUUGCAAUCUCACAGCUUGACAGUGACACACUUGGAGUUCUCUUAUGACGACACUCUGCUCUUGUCUGUCUCCAGAGAUCGUCACUUCUCAGUUUUCUCAAUCCAAAGAACAGAGAAUGGCGAGGUUAGUCACAAACUCAUGGCAAAGGUUGAAGCACACAAGAGGAUCAUCUGGGCAUGUUCAUGGAACCCAUUUGGGCACCAGUUUGCAACGUCAUCAAGAGACAAGACAGUGAAGAUCUGGUCCAUGGAGAAAGACGCUCGCGUCAAACAGGUUCUUGUCUUGCCUCAAUUUGGGAGCAGUGUCACUGCCGUGGCUUGGACGGGAAUAGACCACAAGGAGCAGAGUGGGUGCAUAGCGGUUGGGAUGGAGAGUGGACUUAUAGAGCUGUGGAACAUAAAGGUUAAAGAAACAGAGGAAGGUACAACAGCAACAGCAGCUCUUGCUCUGCGGCUUGAGCCGUUCAUGUGUCACGUCUCGGCCGUGAACCGGUUAGCAUGGAGACCAACCGAGAAAUCAGAGACUAACCAGAGCUUCCUGAGGUUAACUUCUUGUGGGGAUGAUAAUUGUGUUAGAGUUUUUGACUUCAAGUUUUGAGUGAGAAGAACACAAAACACCUUGUGGUAUUUUAAGAUCAUGAACAAAUUCUCUCUAUAUAGCAUAUCAUUGUACUAUUUUUGAAAAUUUUGGUAGCUAAGUUGAAUUGUUUUAGCACUCUCGGAUCUUCCUCUUCUUUCAAUUUUUGUCUCAUCGUCGUCUUCCGCA